GGUGUGCACUGUGCACACACACUGUGAUCAUCGAAUGUUGUGUGGUCUAUCUCUCUUCUCAUCAGAGUAACACAGUGCAGUGUAAACAACAACGUCAACAGAGUCAAACGUUCGAAACUUUUGCGAUGGAAGGAAAUGGGUUGAGACCAAUGGAUGCUGAGCAACUCAGAGAGCAGGGUCAUAAGAUGGUUGAUUUCAUUGCUGAUUACUACAAAACCAUUGAAAAUUACCCAGUUCUUAGCCAAGUUGAGCCAGGUUAUCUUGGGAAGCUUUUACCUGAUUCUGCUCCUACUUAUCCUGAGUCAUUGCAACAGGUUUUGGAUGAUGUAAAGGAAAAGAUAUUGCCAGGGGUGACACAUUGGCAAAGCCCAAAUUAUUUUGCAUAUUUUCCUUCCAACAGUAGCAUUGCUGGAUUUCUAGGAGAGAUGCUCAGUGCUGGUAUUAACAUUGUGGGUUUCAGCUGGAUAACUUCUCCUGCUGCAACCGAACUCGAAACAAUUGUCCUGGACUGGCUUGCCAAGGCGCUCAAUUUGCCUGAUAAUUUCUAUUCUACUGGGCAAGGUGGUGGAGUUAUACAGGGAACAGCUAGUGAGGCUGUGCUAGUUGUCUUGGUGGCCGCCCGUGACAAGAUAUUGAGGAGGGUUGGAAGGGAUGCCCUUCCUAAGCUUGUGACGUAUGCAUCAGAUCAAACACACUCUGCUUUACAAAAAGCUUGCCAGAUAGCUGGACUUAAUCCAGAGCUUUGCAGGUUGCUUAAAACUGAUUCUUCCACAAAUUUUGCGCUUUCUCCUGAUGUACUUUCUGAAGCAAUUUCAAGAGACAUUGCCAGCGGUCUUAUUCCCUUUUUCUUGUGUGCUACUGUUGGUACGACUUCAUCAACAGCAGUUGAUCCUCUGCCUGCAUUGGCAGAAAUAGCUAAGACCAACACAAUCUGGUUUCAUGUGGAUGCUGCAUAUGCUGGCAGUGCCUCUAUAUGUCCAGAGUACCGCCACCACAUUGAUGGUGUUGAAGAAGCAGACUCUUUUAACAUGAAUGCACAUAAAUGGUUCUUGACAAAUUUUGACUGUUCACUACUUUGGGUGAAGGACAGGAGUGCUCUGAUCCAGUCACUGUCUACAAAUCCUGAAUUUCUGAAAAACAAGGCUACUCAAGGAAACCUGGUCAUAGAUUACAAAGAUUGGCAAAUUCCUCUCGGGCGUCGCUUUAGAUCAUUAAAACUGUGGAUGGUGUUGAGACUUUAUGGAUUGGAAGGUCUGCAAAGUCACAUAAGAAGCCAUAUUGCGAUGGCUGCUUAUUUUGAGGAACUUGUUGGUCAGGACACAAGAUUCAAGGCCGUUGCACCCCGCACAUUCUCUUUAAUUUGCUUCCGGCUUUUGCCUCCCUCCAACUCUGAAGAUCAUGGCAAUAAGCUAAAUCGUGAUCUACUGGAGUCAGUAAAUUCAACAGGAAAAAUUUUCAUAACACACACGGUUCUAUCAGGUGAGUACAUUCUACGUCUUGCAGUAGGAGCACCAUUGACAGAAAAGAGGCAUGUCACCAUGGCGUGGCAAAUUUUGCAAGAUAAAGCCACUGCUCUACUUGAGAGUUUAUAGGAUGAGUCUGCUCUGCUCCCAGCAUCAACCAUUGCUUUCUGAAACAUCCAAGGUUUCACAUGACAACAUUGUUUUGUGAUUCUUUUCUCUACACAUAGCGGAAGCUUUAUAGCACCCGGUUUGCUCUUAUUAUUAUACAUAAAUCCUUCAUUUGGCAGUGUUGUCUUGUGCUGUAAGCCUGUAAGUUUGUCUUAAGCAGCAUUCUUUUUCUUUAACUCAUCAAUAAUUGCCAAUUGUAGACAGCACAGAGCAAACCCUGCAACAAAAUCUCUUGUAAUUCAUUACUAUUGUUUUUGUCAAUGUGAAACAAGCCCCCAUUCGAUUGGAUUCUCA